GAACCAGUGGAUAUUUUUCAAUGAGCAAAUAAAAAAGAGGGUACUCUAGCGAGACGUUGCCAACAGGUGAUUGUAUAUAAUGAACUCACAUGUUAUAUAUCGUUCAUAUAUCACAUGAACUGCAACGAGUAUGACUGCAUUUUCUUUGGAACAAGAAGUUGAAUGAUUUGUCUUCAUCAGUUUUUGUCGUAGUUCGAAAACUGACUCCAUUUGUGUGGCUAUUAUUUGGUGUCUUGUCUUUCCCGUUUCAUUUUUCAACAUAAAAGUUCCAGCAGCGAUGGCCAAAGUGAAUUUCUCCGGUAAAUGGAAGCACUCGAAAGACGAAGGGUUUGAUGAACUCCUGAAGGCUCUAGGAGUGAACAUCAUCAAGAGAAAGGCCAUCACAGCACUGUCACCCCAGCAGGAGAUUACACAGAAAGGAGAUCAGUUCGUCAUCACUAACAAAUCAGUUAAGACAGAAACUUUAGAGUUCACCAUGGGACAAGAGUUUAAAUUUAAGAAUCCCCUCUCUGGCAAAGAAGAGAUGCUACUAGCUGAGUGGGACGGUGAUAAAAUCGUAGUCACGAACAAAACCGACCCUAAUGGCGUUGUUGCGACCAGAGAGCUGAAGGAUGAUCAUCACAUGACGAUAACACAGCAGAGAGGCGAAGUCAUUGCUGUUAGACAUUUCAACAAAAUGGCAUCUUCUGACGAGCUACCGAAUUUCUCUGGUUAUUGGAAGCUGACGAAAAAUGAUGAAAAUUUCGAGAAGUAUCUUCAAGCCAAUGGAGUGAACUUCAUGUUAAGGAAGGUCAUCAAAUCUGCCACUGUGUAUCAAGACAUCGAACAGGAUGGUAAUCAAUUCAAGAUCAAGAUCAUAUUGCCGGUUGCUACUCAAGAAUUGACAUUCACAGUAGGUGAGGCUUUCGAGACCUACAAUAGCUUCCGGAAAGUGACCUUAAAAAGAAUAGCAAACUGGGAUGGGCAAGCAAUAAUCAUCAAGUCAUCUGACCCUGCAUCAGAUGAACCGGAAGAGAAACGUGAGCUCGAGGAUGGAUUCCUGUACCUUACUCUGACUAAAGGGGACGUUACAACUAAGAGAACUUUUGAAAAGGCAGUUAAAAAAUAACUUAGACCUGUGAAAGGUAUUACAAAUGGCUGCAAUAUAAAUAAAGUUACGAGACUUAAUGAAAUAAAAGACCUGUACAUUUUUUUC